AUGGAGGCCCCCGGGCCCCUCUCCCCGCCGCCCCCGGAGCCCAUCCGCUUCGGCAUCGACCGGAUCCUGGGCUCGUCUCCGCCGCCGCCGCCGCCGCCGCUUCGGGGCCCCUGCCUGGAGGGCGAGCCGGGGGGCUUCGGGGGAGCCUAUGGGUCCUAUGGGUUCCCCGCCGCUGCCGCCCCGCCCGGGAGGGUGAUCCGCGUCCCCGCGCAUAGGGCCCUCCCGCCCCCGACAGGAGCCGCCGCCGCAGCAGCCGCAGCCGCAGCAGCAGCCCACGCGGGACUCGCCCACGGCGCCUUCCCCUGGGUGGAAGGAAGCCCCCGGGCGGGAAAGGAGAGGGGGGCAGCCGGGCCCUGCUCCAACCUGUUGCCCUUCUGCGCGUCCUCGUCCUCCUCGCGGCGCGUGGGCCACCCGUACCAGAACCGGACCCCUCCGAAGCGGAAGAAGCCGCGCACGUCCUUCUCGCGGGCCCAGAUCGCGGAGCUCGAGCGGCGCUUCCAGCGGCAGAAGUACCUGGCCUCCGCCGAGCGGGCCGCCCUGGCCAAGGCCCUGCGCAUGAGCGACGCCCAGGUCAAGACCUGGUUCCAGAACCGCCGCACCAAGUGGAGGCGCCAGACGGCGGAGGAGCGCGAGGCAGAGCGCCAGCAGGCCACGCGUGUGAUGCUCCAGCUGCGGCAGGAGGCCUUCCGGAAGGGGGGGCUGCCUCCCCCACCCCCUCCCCCGCCCCCCAACCCCCUCCCACCCCCCUCGGACCCACUCUGCGCCCACAACUCCUCGCUCUUCGCCCUCCAGAACCUGCAGCCCUGGGCCCAGGAGCACAAGGUCAAUGCCAGUGCCCUCUUCUGAGCCCCAGGAGACCCCCUUCAGGACUGAGGAGGAGGGGGGGGGGUCCCAGGGUCAACGUCCCCUCCCAGGCGAACUCUGACCUUGUCCCCCACUCUGGAUACUACUG